ACUGUCCAUUGUGUGAGUGUACCAUAAAGGAGAGAUACAAUAUCUCUACUCUAUGGAGUGUACGAGGUUUGGUGAUCGUAAACUGUUUAUUACGUCAGAAAAAGCCGUAAGACAGCGUUCUAUUCGUUCGCGGUUGUCCCCCAACAUCCAGUGAGACAAUAGAAAGCCAUCGUUCACGAAGUGAGAACCUGGAAAUACCCGACAACUACAUGUAAUGGCCAUCUUUGACUGUAGUGAGUGAAGCGAUUAGUAUUUUGGUUGAGAUACGUUGUGAAGUGUGAGGCUUCUGCAAUCAGGUUUACUUUUUUAAUCUGUAAACUCUCUAAAUUGUAAUAAAAUGAGUGCAACAGCCGCCGAUGAUACUGGUGGAAACCCUAUUUAUGGACCCUUUUUCGGAGUUAUGGGAGUCGCUUCGUCAAUUGUAUUCACCGCGCUAGGAGCAGCGUAUGGAACCGCUAAGUCUGGCACUGGCAUCGCAGCUAUGGCUGUGAUGCGGCCGGAACUUAUUAUGAAAUCCCUCAUUCCUGUAAUCAUGGCGGGUAUUGUUGCCAUUUAUGGUUUGGUCAUAUCUGUAUUGUUAGCGGGCGCUCUUAAAGAACCAUCUGACUAUCCUUUGUAUAAGGGCUUCUAUCAUCUUGGUGCGGGGCUGUCGGUGGGUUUUAGUGGAUUAGCAUCUGGAUUUGCUAUAGGUAUUGUUGGCGACGCUGGUGUUCGAGGGACUGCUCAGCAGCCACGCAUGUUUGUAGGAAUGAUUUUGAUCCUCAUUUUUGCUGAAGUGUUAGGCCUUUAUGGUCUCAUCGUUUCAAUUUUCUUGUAUACUAAGUAACCAAUCAAAUCCUUAACAUUCAAAAGACAUGCAUGCGCUUCUAUUAUCCAUGAGUUUUAGUUAUGUUAUUGCGGAAAGUGAAUACGAAAAAAACUAUUUCUCGCUCGUAACUGACUUUCAUAAGAAAAUAACCUCAUUUGUAAAUUAAUUACAGCUUUGUAAAAUUGGCAUUUCGUUUGAACACAUUUGCAGCAUAACGUUGAAGAAAU